CACGCUGCCGCCAUCAAGACCUAUUCCCCCUUCCUCAACACCGUCUUCGGCAAGGAGCGGGAGCUGUCACCGGAGGAGCUGGAUGAGCUGCUGGAUGCCUUCAAGGAGUUUGACACGGACCAGGAUGGCUACAUCAGCUACAAGGAUCUGGGCGCCUGCAUGCGCACGCUGGGCUACAUGCCCACCGAGAUGGAGCUCAUCGAGAUCUCCCAGCACAUCAAGAUGAGGAUGGGUGGCCGUGUGGACUUCGAGGACUUUGUGCAGAUGAUGGGCCCGAAGCUGCGGGAGGAGACGGCGCACAUGGUGGGCGUGAGGGAGCUCAAGAUCGCCUUCCGCGAGUUCGACAUGAACGGGGACGGGGAGAUC